GUUUUAGACAGGUGUUAUUCAGGUAUUCACUUCUAGCCGCCGCGCGUCAGGAGUUAGACGCAAUGGACGCCGAAAACGUGCAAAGACAGAUAAACGAAACCGUGCGUUUUGCAAAUAAUGAAAUGCUCAGCAAUAUAUCAGAACUUUUAGAUAAUAGACUGGCAGACAUGCAACGCAACAUAAGUGAAAACCAGAAAGCUAUUGCUGGAAAACAGGAAGCGCGCAUGGAACAAGUUAUUUCAGAAGGAUAUAAAUUCAAAAAACGUGGAAAUGAAGAACAACACAAGCAUAACGUCAAAGUCUUUGCAAAAAUGCAAGAAGCAAAUGAAAACCUGAAGGAGAAUAAAGUUCAAAGUGCCCAAAGGAAUAUUGCAGAAGGUUUGGACAUUAUAAAGAAUAGACAAAAGUUAAUUAAGUUAGCAGAUUCCUCUGAGGCCGGAUGGAGGGCGGUGGACGAAUACACAAAAAAUCCAAUUGCUUCGGAUUCCGAGGACGAAAAGAAAAUAAGCAAAGCGCAGACAAGGGCUGAAAGAAAAGUCAAAGAGGCUAAAGCGAAGAAAAGGAAGGACUUCCGAGAUUCAGCAAGGCCGUACCAGAAGCCUUCGUGGUCGCAGACAUCAGCUGACAAUACAACUUGGAAGUCGGGGCAUUGUUAUCGAUGUAACAAGAGGGGCCACUGGAGGAAGGAUUGUACGGAGAAACUAAAUGGAGACAAGAUAAGUACAAUUGUUACUGAAGUAAAUCAUUUGAUAAGUCAGAUCAAUAAUGAAACGCCUAUUGGCAAUACAAACAAAAGUCAGUCAUGCAUUAAAAAUACAUGUAUUUCACCUGUUGGUCGUUUAAGGGAAAAUUUAGGUCACUGGCGUUCGAUUGGAACAAACAGGUAUGUGUUAGACGUGAUAGAAAACGGAUAUAAAAUGCCAUUGUUUACAACACCUGAGCCUAUUGAGUUAAAAAAUAACAGGUCUGCAUUAAUGAAUCAAAGGUUUGUAGCUCAAGAAAUAGAAAAACUGUUAAACAAAGGUUGUAUAGAAGAGGUAAAAGAUAAGCCAAGGGUGGUUAAUCCCUUAACGGUGGCUGACGGAAAAGCAAAACAGAGGUUGGUAUUAGACGCUAGACAUGUCAAUCCUCAUUUGUUUAAAUACAAGCACAAGUAUGAAAAUGCAGAAGUGUCAAAAAAUGUAUUUGAAGCAGGUGAUUUUAUUUUUUCAUUUGAUUUGAAAAGUGCGUAUCACCACAUUAUGAUGCAUGAGUUAGACAAGGAGUAUUUAGGUUUCAAAUGGAAUAACAAAUAUUAUGUGUUUAAAGUUUUACCAUUUGGUAUUAGUACUGCUGGUUACAUUUUUUCAAAGUUAAUGAGAGAAAUUGUAAAGUUCUGGAGGACAAAGGGUUAUAAAAUUGUCCUGUAUCUAGAUGAUGGCAUUGGAGGUGCUUCAACAUUCCAAGAAGCAAAGGUGGUAAGUUCCGAAAUUCAGGGAGAUUUAGAUAAGCUUGGUUUUUUGAUAGCGGAGGACAAAAGUCACUGGGAUCCAGUACAGGAGUUAGUCUGGUUAGGGUUGGUCUGGAAUACAAAAAUCAAUAAAAUUAUGGUCACAGCAACAAGGGUAAAUAGGCUUAAAAUUUGUAUUUCGAAUGUUUUCGAAAGUUAUGAAGCAGGUCUUAUCUGGUUUGAUGUUAGAAAUAUUGCAUCUGUUGUUGGACAAAUAAUCUCAAUGCAAACAGUGUUCGGUAGUGUAGUUAGACUAAGGACACGAUAUUUGUAUUAUUGUAUUAUGAAUCGCUCCAGUUGGAAUUCUAGCAUAGUGUUGUCUGAAAAAGCUAUGAAUGAACUCAAAUAUUGGUUUACAUCUCUGGAUGGAAUAAAUGAAUCUGGUGCUACAUUAAGUCAGUUGACAAAAGAGGACGUUAGCUCUAUUGUUGUUUAUUGCGAUGCCUCAGACACAGGGUUUGGUGGUCAUUUGACUAUGGGUUCAGAUUUUGAACAAACUGAGUCGGAAUGUUAUGGAGUAUGGAAUGAAUGGGAGAAUAAACAAAGCUCUACUUGGAGAGAGCUUGAGACGGUAAAGAGAAUUUUAACAAAAUCAGUUGAUAUUGUUGAAGGCAAGUCAGUUGAAGUGUAUUCGGAUAAUAAGAAUGUACAGCACAUUCUGAAGGUGGGUAGCAAAAAGAGAAAGCUACAGGACAUUGCAAUGUCAGUGCAUACUUUUUGUGACGAACAAAAAAUAAAGGUAAAAUGUAAAUGGGUACCUAGAGAAGAAAAUGUAAGGGCAGACUGUUUGAGUAGAAUGUCGGAUUGUGACGACUGGUCAGUUAAACAGUGUGUGUUUGAGUAUUUUGACAAUAUCUGGGGGCCACAUACAUGCGAUAGAUUCGCAGAUCUAAAUAACAGCAAGUGUAAAAAUUUUAAUUCUAAGCACUGGUGUAGAGGAUCGAGUGCUAUUGAUGCAUUUUCACAGGUAUGGACAGAUCAUUUAAAUUGGGUUGUACCCCCGCCAAUGUUGAUUCCUAAGGUGGUAAGAAAAAUUGAAAAAGAAAAAUGCAAUUGCACCUUGGUAAUUCCAGAGUGGAAGUCAGCUCCUUUUUGGGCGAUGUUAAUUGAUAUGAAGGGAAAUUUUAAUACAUAUGUAAAAACACACUCCAAGAUGCAUAAUGUACAUGCAAUUUGUAGAGGAAUGGGAAACAAUGGAAUAUUUGGGAAAAGAAAUUUAGCAUUUAACAUGAUUUUUUUGAAAAUAGAGUUUUGAUAUUGGAAAUAUAUUUACAGGAAUAGGACUUCAGGACAGAAUUAUGAAGACUGCAGAAAAACAUGGCGUUGAACCUGGAAGUUAUUUAUCAGAAUUAUGUCCUUCUCUUAGUGACUGGAUUCUUUCAAGUAAAAGUGAUAAUACCAACCGAUCUUAUUUCAACGCUUAUAGAAGAUGGGAGGUUUUCAUUAAAGCGCAAGGACACAGUGCUUUACCGGCAAGUCCAAUACACGUGGCUCUAUACUUGACGCAUCUGCUCCAGACCGGAUCAUCUCAACAUCCAGUGAAUAAUGCUGUUUAUGCGAUUAAGUGGGCUCAUGAAUGUGCGGGUUUUACGGAUCCAACAAAAAAUUCUUACGUUUCAUCUCUACAGGAGGCAGCGAAGCGUAAAGCUAGUCGGGCUAUCAAUAAAAAAGAGCCGAUUUCCAAGGAUGUUCUGAUUGAAUUGUGUGAUAAAUAUAUUGAUGAUAGUGACUUAUUGAUUGUUAGAAAUUUGACAAUGAUUUUAUUUUGUUUUGCGGGUUUUCUCAGAUUUGAUGAAGUAAGUUCUUUAAAAUUUAAAGAUGUUCAUGUGUA